AUGUCCAUCACAUCACUGCUGAAUCCAGCCGGGUCAAGCAGACCGGAAUCGCCGUCGUCAGAGACAUCUUCGCGCUGGCCAUCGCCGUCCGCCUUAUCGUCGUCAUCAGCAUCCACGUCCGGCUCAGCUGUCGCCAUGCAAUCGCCGGCAGCAGCCUACUACAGCGACAGGGUGGUCAUGACAGCGGCCGGCCACGCCAUCCCGGGCGCAAAGCCGCCACAGAUGCAACGGCUACGGCUUCCGGCCCAUGUAGUCACCGAAUUUGUGCGGGCGCGGCCAAAGGGCACCGUCUACUUCCGUCCAUUCCAGUCCGGCCUGGACGCCAGGGCGAAGCGUGCGGUGGAAGAUUUCCGCGUCUUCCCGUUUGGCCGAAUCGAGGAGUAUUGUCGGCAUAUUCCGUAUGCCAGCGGAAAGAAGGACUUUCACCAGAAGACCGGCCGCGAAGGCUUUGAAGGCACGUACAGGAGGUAG